AUGACCUAAAUUCAAUAAUUCCCAAAUAUUGCUUAGAUAGCCACCACAUCCCAACAGAAUAAUUCUAUCGGAACGAAUUUGUUGGAUAGCAAAUUCUAUAUGUCUUAGAAUCCCGCUUAUAUGAAUAAUUUUGACCUCUCCCAUUUUUCACAAAAGUAUGCUUAAUGUAUAAAAAAUGAGUAAGAUAUUUUCUUGGGUCCAGAUAAAGCCGAAAAUAAAUUAUAUAACAAUCAAUUUAUGAGUAACAAUGACCCAGUCUCACAUCAGCAAAUAGCAAAUAAUAUACCUAAAAUUAAUUCAGCAUUUCUAGAAAAUCAAGACCUCUAAGAACUAGAUGACAGAUUUAAUAAUCAAAUUUCUGAGUCGCAUUUAGCUGUGACAGAAAAUCUUAAUAAACUUAAUUAGGAGCUUGAUUCUUCAAAGGCAAAAAAGAAGAAGCUUAACCUGCCUAAGAAUCCGUAUAAUUAAAAUAAUUUGCAAUACUUAUAAGAAGAGGAUAAUUAAUAUAGAAAAAGGAAAAUACCAAUUAAUUCAAGUCUAUAUGAAGAAUAAAAUAUAUAGAUGUUUAAAGAUGGCCAUAAAAGCGAUAGUUUAAAUCACUGGCGAUCUUAAAUUAAAUCAUCUAUCUAAGGCGAGACAUAAAACGAAUCAUUUAAAGAGAGACGAAGAGAGCUUAUUCAAACCUUAAAGGAGACAAAGGAUAAUAAGUAAAGCUUAAUUGCUGCUAAACCAAAGAGAAAUCACACCAACGUAAAUUAGCAAGGCUUUAGAGGCUCUAUCUAUAGAGGAGUCUCAAAGAACAAAAACAAAUGGCAGAUGAUGAUAAUGGGAAAUUUCAAAAAAAUGUAUGUGGGAGCUAUCGACUAAGAAAGAGACGCAGCUCUAUUAUACGAUAAAGUUGCUAUAUUAACACAUGGGCUUAAGGCAAAGACUAAUUUCAGCUAUUAAAAGGAAGAAAUUGUAUAAUUCUUGACAUCAGAAGAUGUAUUUUCUGAACAACCUACUAUCGGAUUAAUGUCUGAGAAUGAACAUUAGUGA